AUGUCUAAUCGCUCGGAUAUUCCCUGCUCUGAGGAAAUGUCAGAGUACUAUGAAGGCAUCCCAGCUCAUUGGCCCGGAAUCCAAGCGACCCCGUAUGUGGGAGCCAACAGCCCGUACUGCACAGAGCCUCUCGCUCCAUCCAGUAUCUUGACACCGAUCAGUCUUCCGGACAGCCCGACAAUCAGUCACCACUCACAUGGCUAUGGCGCACAAGAAUACCACUAUGGCAUGAAUGACCCCAUGUCAGCCCCACUGGGUCUUGGUAUCUCUGCACCCUUCCCGAGUGAUUUCCCCCGGUCUUCGGCACCCGGUUCUGCCUACCUGUACGCUCCGGAUCCAAGUGGCAUCCGCCAUGGCAUGGCACAAACGCCUAUCCAGUCGCCACAUGGCCCACCACCAGCUAAGCGCGCCAGACACCCAUCCUCAGACACGCCCUCGCGCGAGCAGGCAAGCAACACGCCAAUUAGCAUCGCUCCCAAUCCAGAGGGCCUUCUCCGAAUGGAGCAAGAUCGCCAGCACAUGCAGCCAUCUCCACACAUACUCCCUAGGGUCCGAGCUCCAGGCCGCGGGCGACGCGACCCGCAAGCAGAAGACGAAGAUGCCUUUGUAGAGGAGCUAAGAGAUAGGCAAACGGCCUGGAAGGUUGUGCGUCAAGAAUUCCGGGAAAGAUUCAAUAAAGAUGCCUCUGAGGCACGCCUGCAGAUGCGUCUCCAUCGCCGGCUCCGGGAGCGAAUGGUGCGCUGGGAAGAAUCAGAUAUCAAACUCCUGAUCCACGCCCAUGGGAUCUGGGCAAAAGAUAAAUUCCAUUUCCUUUCAGAUAAGAUGAAAGAACUUGGUGGUACUAGACUGUACUCGCCCGAUCAAUGCAGAACUCAACUUCGACUUUUAGACACGAAAAAACAACAUCGUGAUCGCUUGAGUGAAUCGCCAUCUGCCAUGUCUGAUCCUGCUCCUAUCACACCUACUGUGUCUCGAAAACGACCUCGAGCUCAGUCAUUAGACCUGGAGACUGACAAUGAGGAAGUGGCCUUUUAG